UCACAGGCCCAUCAUGCAUUUCAGAACAGAACAAAACAGACAGCCCAAGAAGUAAUCUUCAAAACCUGUGUGGAACAGAGGUCCGGAUUAUGCUGCACCCAAAUUUGAAUAUUGCUUUAUCCUCGUCACGCGAACUUCCUGGGCAAGGACUCCAGGGUCCAAGUGGGCGGGAAGGAGGGUCCUUAAAUGUGUGCUCUUUUGGCUCUUACUCACUCCAGGAGUCCCAGCUGCUGGAGGAGGCUGUGUAGAAGGUAGGAUGAGCAAGAUCAGUAACAUCGUGAACCGGGCCCGCGAGGCCUUUAACUCAGGCAAGACUCGGCCGCUGCAGUUCCGAAUCCAGCAGCUGGAGGCACUGCAGCGCAUGAUCACUGAAAAUCAGUUGGCCAUCACAGCUGCGUUGACAGCUGACCUGCACAAGAAUGAAUGGACCGCCUACUAUGAGGAGGUGGUUCAUGUGGUGGAGGAGAUUGAGACCAUGGUUAAGAAGCUCCCAGAGUGGGCUGAAGACGAGCUGGUGGAGAAGACUCCACAGACCCAGCACGAUGAGCUCUUCAUCCACUCGGAGCCCCUGGGCGUGGUCCUGGUCAUAGGUGCUUGGAACUAUCCCUUCAACCUCAUUGUCCAGCCCAUGGUGGGUGCCAUUGCUGCAGGCAACGCGGUAGUCCUCAAGCCCUCAGAAGUGAGUGAGAACACGGCAGACCUUCUAGCCACACUUAUCCCUCAGUACCUGGACAAGGAUCUGUACCCAGUGAUCAAAGGGGGUGUCCCUGAGACCACGGAGGUACUUGCCGAGAGGUUCGACCACAUCAUGUACACCGGAAGCACAGCUGUGGGGAAGAUUGUUAUGACCGCUGCUGCCCAGAACCUCACCCCUGUCACCCUGGAGCUUGGAGGAAAGAGCCCAUGCUACGUGGACAAGGACUGUGACCUGGAUGUGGCCUGCCGGCGUAUUGCCUGGGGGAAAUUUAUGAACAGUGGCCAGACCUGUGUGGCCCCAGACUACAUCCUCUGUGACCCCUCCAUUCAGAACCAAAUCGUAGAGAAGCUCAAAAAGUCACUGAAAGAUUUCUAUGGGGAAAAUGCUAAGCUGUCCCGUGACUAUGGGAGAAUCAUCAAUGACCGUCACUUCCAGCGGGUCAUAGGCCUGAUUGAGGGCCAGAAAGUAGCCCACGGAGGCACCUGGGACGCGGCUUCACGAUACAUAGCCCCCACUAUCCUGGUGGAUGUGGACCCCCAGUCCACGGUGAUGCAGGAGGAGAUCUUUGGGCCGGUGCUGCCCAUCGUGAGUGUCCGAAGCUUGGAUGAGGCCAUUAAAUUUAUCAACCAGCGUGAGAAGCCCCUGGCGCUCUACGUGUUCUCCAACAAUGAGAAGGUGAUCAAGAAAAUGAUCGCAGAAACAUCAAGCGGUGGAAUGGCGGCCAAUGAUGUCAUCACCCACAUCACUGUGUCCACUUUGCCCUUUGGGGGUGUGGGGAAAAGUGGCCUGGGGUCUUAUCAUGGUAAAAGAAGCUUCGAGGCCUUCUCCCACCGCCGCUCUUGUCUGCUGAGGUCUCUGGGGAAUGAAGAGGCUAACAAGGCCAGGUACCCACCAAGCCCAGCCAAGAUGCCCCGGCACUGAGAUGGCUGCUCCACCUGACUCAUUGUUGCUGGCUGCCCUGUCCUUGGAGAACUUGGAGAACCGCGAUCGGAGUCUCAUCCUAGCUUCUCGCCCACCUGCUGCCCUGUGCAUGUGCUCAACUCCCAGAUGGCUCUCACCUCACCCCUCCAAAUCCUGCUGUUUGCUGGGCACAGAGAUCAAUAAAGGUUUC